UACAUGUAAGCUGCACACUUUUUGUCAUACAAUAAUUUUAUACUGUGCAUUUUUUCAAAUAAUUUCAUCGGUUUUUUCGGACGAUAGAAUUGUAGGUGGUGAUGAAAUCGAUAUUUCUGAAGUACCUUGGCAAGUAGCCGUUGAACUUGAAGGCUAUGGGUUUUUCAGUGGAUAAUAAUAAGUGAAAAAUAUGUUAUCACUGCAGCUCACUCCGCCACAGUCCGGUUCUAGUAAUAAAGAAUCUGGAGGUCAAAUAGUCUAUGUGAAAAAAGUUUAUGGACAUCCUGACUUCAAGUUUACUACUCGUGACAACGAUUUUGCUAUUUUGGAGUUGAAAGAUUCUCUAGAAUUUGGAUCUAAAGUAUCUCCAGUCUCUCUUCCAUCUUCUGAUACAGUAUGGGAACCUGGUACUUCUGCUUUUGUUUCAGGAUUUGGGGUCAUAGAUGAUGAGGAAGACACAGAGUCUACGGUACUAAGAGGUGUUACUCUCCAAAUCCUCGAUGACGCGGAGUGCACAAAAGCAUACGGCGAAGAGUAUACUAACAGUACUAUGAUGUGCGCUGGUGAAGAUGGCAAAGAUUCUUGCCAAGGAGAUUCUGGUGGUCCAUUAGUCGUCGGUGAUGUCCUUGCUGGUGUUGUUUCCUGGGGCGAAGGAUGUGCAAAAACUAAUUAUCCUGGAGUCUACACUAACGUUGUUGCAUAUCUCGAUUUUAUCAAAGAAAUUACAGGAAUUUAAUAUAGUUAGCUUUACUCAUAGGGGAGGACCAAGGGGGCUAUAUACCUCCCUAAUCGGCAACAUGUGCUUAUAAUUUUUAAAUAAUUUUUGGAUUUUUUUUUAAAUAUUUGUGUGUAUAUGCAUAGCCUAUACAUAUUAUUCGUGAACCAUUGUUUUUAUUUUUGUUGGACUUUUUUAACCCAAAAUUUGGUGCACGUUUAUGAUUUUACUUACUUUUAGAAUGUUAAAAAAACUAUAAAUUGUUCCAACUUAGGAAUUUUUAGAAACUUAAAAAACCAUUUCUUUAUUAAGAAAUUUCUAAUAUCUUAAACUUUUUAAUUUUUUUUAACUUUUCGAUUGCAAUACAUAAACAAAAUAGCUAUCUAUACCAGGUGAAUAAAAAGUAUGGAACCAA